GUUAGUGGUUUUCGUGAUGUGUACACAGUUAACUUAAAUAUAAGGACGUCUGUUAUACUGGUGAUUCCUUCUGCUGAUUUGUGUACCUAGGAGUUUCGUUUAGUCCCCUAAAAACUGAGACUAAUGGCUUUAUCUUCGCAUAUAAAAGCAACAUGGAGGUCAUUGGUGAUAAUUAUUACACCAUUGAUUUUAAUACCUUUAGUACUUCCAGGAUCGACUUCAGUAUCUCGAUGCGCCUUUGGUUUACUUUUGAUGGCAGUGUACUGGAUGAGCGAAGCACUACCGCUUCCUGUGACUUCGCUUUUACCAAUUGUGUUAUUUCCUAUUUUAGGAGUAGCCCCUACCAAAAUACUGGCUCUUCAAUAUUUUAAGGAUGUCAUGUUUCUUCUGAUUGGUGGACUGCUGGUGGCGCUAGCCAUAGAGAAAAGUAAUCUUCACAGACGAUUUGCUCUGAAACUUCUUCUUCUGUUUGGGGUCAGACCUAAGAGACUGUUGCUGGCCUUUGCGGUAGGCACUAGCUUUCUGUCCAUGUGGAUUAGUAAUACGGCGUCAACAGCCAUGAUGAUUCCUAUAGCUAGAGCCGUGCUCUCCCGACUCCUCAAGAUUCAGUCUAGAACGAAAAGAGCAGUAUACAGUGGUUCAGAAGCUCUUCUUGGGACAGACUCACCACCGAAUGAACAAAACAAAGCCAUUGAAAUAGUGAUUGAAGAACCUCUACAAAGUGCCAUGAGCGAAAAGACUACCAAGGAUACUAUAGUCAUUGAAGGUGUUAACUACGACGACGAUGACGAAGAAACGGACUUCUCGAAUCUAGACCCAGAAUCAAAGAACCUGGUAAAGGCCGUCUCUCUGUGUGUCUGUUAUUCUGCAAACUGCGGCGGGAUUGGAACACUGACUGGGACAGGACCCAACAUGAUAGCAAAGGGCUAUGCAGACAAACUCGAAGGCGGAAGUUCAGCAAUUACCUUCACAUCGUGGAUGAUAUUCUCAUUUCCGGUGUCGGUCAUUGGUGUCUUCCUGGUUUGGAUUUGGGUGCAGAUUGUCUUUCUUGGACCAAGAGAAACGUUCAGAUGCAGUAAAAGGAAGGAUAAUGAUGCCGAAGCAGAGAAGAGUUCCACUGAGUAUAUAGAAAGAGAGUAUGCCAAAAUGGGUUCCAUUAGUUUUGCUGAGCGUGUUGUUAUGUGUCACUUCUUGCUGUUGAUAAUACUGUGGAUCACACGCAAUCCUGGAUUCCUCCCUGGGUACGCCGAGCUCUUCAACAAUGGGUAUAUAUCAGGGGCGGUUCCUGCCAUUUUGAUUGCCGUCAGCCUUUUCAUUUUCCCAGUAAGGAGACCCAACAGCUGGUGCUUCCGUCGUAAAGGAGAUACCAAUAUUCCAACGGAGACACCAGGUAUCUUGCAAUGGUCACAAGUCAGCAAGACCUUCCCCUGGGGAGUUGUGUUCCUUAUUGGCGGCGGAUACGCUCUUGCAGAGGCAUGCCAGAUAUCUGGGUUAUCCCGAGUCGUGGCUUUGCAACUGUCCUUUAUUGGAAAUCUUCCGCUCUGGUUGGCUAGUCUUGUUGUCAUAACAUUGACGUGCUUAACAACAGAAAUAACCAGCAAUUCCGUCAUAACAACAAUAUUUAUGCCAAUAUUAGCCGAAGUAGCCAUUUCAAUGAAAGUACACCCUCUGUACUUCAUGUUGCCAUCUGCAGUGUCAGCUUCGUUCGCAUUCAUGUUUCCAGUUGCCACACCACCCAAUGCUUUGGUCUUUGCGUACGGUGACGUCAAGGUCGUGGAUAUGGUGAAAACUGGAGCCAUUUUAAAUAUUGUCAACAUCUUCUCUGUGACAAUGGCUAUCAAUACAUGGGGAACAGCAUAUUUUCAUCUAGAUCAGUUUCCUGACUGGGCUCAAAGGAUGUAUAUUGAAGCUGUUGAGUCAGGCCUCAAUGGAACAACACAAAUACAUGGACUUGUAUACAACACAUCAUCUAGUAUCUUAUGACCAAAAAAAAAAACGAAAGAAAAAAACAACAAAACAGCCUAUGGUAAAAUAUGGUGAGCUAAUCGACUACCCUUUUCAGUGCAUACAGAAGAUGUUGAUUAGCAUGCUACAUGUACUAUGAAGUCAUGAUUGAUUUACGUUUUGCAUCUUCCAUGUGUUCUCUUGAAAUUUCUUACCUUUUCUGUAAGAGAAUGUCGACUGUCCUCAAUUAUCAACCGUUAUUAAGACGUUUUCGGCUAACAGUCUUUUUAACAACUACAAUUAUAUUAAACAUAUUUUCUUGUU